AUGGCUCCCAAAGCGCCAACCACCCCCAAGGCCAAGCCUACCCGGGCUACAAAGGGAGGUAUCGUGAAGCGGACUCCUACCAAGGCGACUUCUGCCUCAGUCUCCCCUACCAAAGCGACUGCUACCAAGGUCUCCCCUGUCAAGGCGACUGCUACCAAGGUUUUCCCUGUCAAGGCGACCGCUAACAAGCCCGCCCCCGGAGCCCCUCUUGAUAAGGACCUUGUGUUCUUGUGGAAAUGCGUCAAUAUGUCCUCUGGCAUCAAGAUUGACUGGGCCGCCGUCUCCGAAGAUGCGGGUAAGUCCGUUGGCACCGUUCAGAAGCAGUACUGGCGACUCAAUACCAAGGUGGAGAAGUACCUCGCCGCCACGGCCCCCGCUGAUGCCGCUGAUGGAUCCGACAAUGAAAAUGACACCAAUGAGAAGGAUGUCCAGACCGCCGAUUCCAACGAAACUGAGUAG